AUCAGGAUAGACUGUAACCUCAGUAAAGGUCCAGAGAUUCUGACGGCGGGUCAGAAACUCAACGAUAACGAGUGGCACUCGGUUAAAGUGACCCGGCGAGGGAGGAACCUGCAGCUGUCCGUGGAUAACGUUACUGUGGAAGGUCAGAUGACCGGAGAUCACACACGUCUGGAGUUCCACAACAUCGAGACGGGCAUCAUGACGGAGCGCAGGUUCAUCUCCGUGGUGCCGUCUAACUUCAUCGGGCACCUGCAGGGCCUGACGCUGAACGGCGUGCCGUACCUGGACCAGUGUAAGAACGGAGACAUCUCGUACUGCGAGCUGAACGCCCGCUUCGGCAUGCGCCUCAUCAUCGCCGACCCCGUGACCUUCCGCAAUAAAGGCAGUUACCUGGCGCUGGCCACGCUGCAGGCGUACGCAUCCAUGCACCUGUUCUUCCAGUUCAAGACCACCAGCACCGACGGCCUGCUGCUCUUCAACAGCGGCGACGGCAGCGACUUCAUCGUGGUGGAGCUGGUCAAAGGGUACGUCCACUAUGUGUUUGACCUGGGGAACGGCCCGUCUCUCAUGAAGGGAAACUCGGAGAAGCCGCUCAAUGACAAUCAGUGGCACAACGUGGUGGUUUCACGCGACACCACCAACGUGCACACGCUCAAGAUCGACUCUCGCACCGUGACGCAGCACUCUAACGGAGCCAGGAACCUGGACCUCAAAGGAGAGCUGUAUAUCGGUGGAGUAGCCAAGAGCAUGUACAGCAGCCUGCCGAAGCUGAUCGCGUCCCGGGACGGAUACCAGGGCUGCCUGGCCUCCGUGGAUCUGAACGGCCGGCUGCCGGACCUGCUAGCAGACGCCCUCCACAGGGUCGGCCAGGUGGAUCGAGGAUGCGACGGACCCAGCACCACCUGUACGGAGGACUCGUGUCAUCAUCAGGGGGUGUGUCUGCAGCAGUGGGAGGGCUUCUCGUGCGACUGCAGCAUGACGUCCUACGGGGGCUCGCACUGCAGCGAUCCUGGGACUACCUACAUCUUCGGCCGUGGAGGAGCCCUCAUCACGUACACGUGGCCCCCGAACGACCGGCCGAGCACGCGGGCAGACCGGCUGGCUGUGGGCUUCAGCACUCAGCUGAAGGAGGCCGUUCUGGUGCGAGUGGAGAGCGCCAAGGGUCUCGGAGACUAUCUGGAGCUUCACAUAGAGCGCGGGAGGGUCGGCGUGAUCUUUAACGUGGGGACGGAUGACAUUGUCAUCGAGGAGAGCGGCGUGAUGGUCAGUGACGGGAAGUAUCAUGUGGUCAGAUUCACGCGGAGCGGCGGGAACGCCACGCUACAGGUGGACAAUCUGCCCGUGCUGGAGCGUUUCCCGUCAGGGAGCUUUGAUAGUGAACGGCUGGCUAUUGCUAGGCAAAGAAUCCCGUACCGACUCGGUCGGGUAGUUGACGAGUGGCUACUCGACAAAGGUCGGCAGCUGACGAUCUUCAACAGCCAGGCGUUCAUUAAGGUGGGCGGCGGUGAGAAGGGCCGUAACUUCCAGGGUCAGAUCUCGGGGCUGUACUAUAACGGCCUGCAGGUGCUGAAGCUGGCGGCGGAGGGCGACCCGAACGUGCAGGUGCAGGGGAACCUGCGUCUGGUGGGAGAUGUGCCCUCCGUCAUGAGCACCGACACCACCUCCACCACACCCCUCGCAGACAUGUCCACCACCAUCAUGGAGACCACCACCACCAUGGCCACCACCACCACCCGCAAACAACGCUCGCCCACCAUGAGAGACAGCGUCACGCAGAAUACUGACGAUCUGUUAGUAGCGUCAGCAGAAUGUCCGAGUGAUGAUGAAGAUCUCGAGGAGUGUGAGCCUGGAAACGGAGGUGAACUAGUGUUGCCAAUUAUAACUGUGGAUUCCCUUGACCCCCCAUCAAUUGUGACACUUUACCCCGUUAUUCCCCCGCCCCCGACCUAUCGCCCCUUCCUCACCUUGCUCGAGACCACCAAAGAGUCUCUCCCCUUGCCCGGCCGGCCCCCCUGUCCGCUGGACCAGGAGGACUGUGAAGAGCCCAUAGAGGUCUCGGCCUACGGCUCGGGCGAGAUGACGGAGUCCGACGAUGAGGAUUACUAUAAAAACUCCCCCCUUGUCACUGACCGGACCGUACUCCCCCCUCCCCCCGCGGCCGGGAACCCCCGAGGCGACCGGCCCUUCGCCCGUUUGCCCAACUCCCAUCGGCCGCCACUCACAUUCACCCCCACGGCCCCCCCAGUGACCCGACUCAAACCUGGCAUCAACAGUGGCCCCAACAUCCCUGCGGGUAAAAUGAACACCCGUGACCAGGUGCUGCUGCCACCCGUACAACCGUCGGGUGACCCUGAACACGGCGGGCAGCAUCGACACAUCCCAGGUAUAACAUAUCCUCCCAAUUUCCCCUAUGUGCCCACUACAGACCCCUCGUCACCAGACCGAGGGCCUCCAGGAGCGGUGGAGGUGAUCCGAGAGUCCAGUAGCACGACAGGCAUGGUGGUGGGCAUCGUGGCCGCGGCAGCUCUCUGCAUCCUCAUCCUGCUCUACGCCAUGUACAAGUACCGCAACCGCGACGAAGGCUCCUACCAGGUGGACCAGAGCCGCAAUUACAUUAGCAAUUCAGCCACGCAAAGCAACGGCACCCUAGUGAAGGAGAAGCAGCCUGGUGCAACCAAGACGGGCACAAAGAGCAAGAAGAACAAAGACAAGGAGUAUUAUGUCUGAGCUCGGCCUCCGGAGAGACCGAUGCGGAAGCGAGGGGGAGAAGGAGAGAGAUAGGAUGAGGAAUGGAAAGGGAGGUCCAGGUAUUUGUUGGCAGUUUACCUGUCACAUUUAGAGUUCUGACAUCAGUCUUCUUUAAUUUUCUGUCUUGUCUAGCGGUUGGCCUCAUUUCUAGCAAGACCUAAAGAGUUCAAAAGCGUCUAGGGUUUGGAAACAUCCCCUCCCUCAUUUCCAUUUUUGAUAGCCAAUCCCUAUUACAAAAAGAAACUCUCCAAACCUUUUGUAUUGAAGAGAAGUGGAUUUUUCCUCACAUGUAAUUUUACGCUCUAGUUUGUUCUUUGUAAAUACUAGGUGAGUCCUCAAUAUUCAGAUCAUCUCCUAACCUGAUGUCGAAACCCCCGUGUACGCCAGGGUGCUUGUGCGAUCCAUUGUUGCUCCAUCAGAACAUAGGAUGCGGUUGAGAAUUGUUUGGGAACGAGAGCAGUUCAGUUGGAACGGCUUGGCAUAGGUGACAUUUCAGGAACAGAUGGUGCCGAAAAUGUUUAGCACUCACACUCCUCCGUAAUACUGCCAAACCAGCUCUGUGUCAAAUCCGUCUCCCUCUCUUUCCAAGUGCUUCACAUUUCCAUCCUCCGCUCUCAACAUCCCUCUCUUUCUCUCUUUCCCCGCACCCUUUCUUGGCUUGGUCUCUUUUUCUCCUUGUCCUUGGUGCUCAGGAGCAGAUGCAACGUGAUUCUGUUGUGUUUCCAGCAUGUGGUAUUCAAAAUGAAAAGAGACAAAAACUGUUUCUAUGGAGUCAAAUAAAUAUAUAGCUAUAUCUCAAACCGUUACAACUAGCGAAACAUCUGUGGAUGAUCCCUUCAGCCGCCAUAACUCCCGGAGGCCCAUGGUAACCCCACGUUCCAGCAAAUAUUCAUCAUGCGUUUUUGGGGUUCCACUGGGCUCUGUCCUGGACCCGCUGAGGAUCUUGGUUUCUGCUCCACAUUCAAGAACCUGAAACCCCCAACAGCAAAUAGAUAAUAUUCAUAUACAGAUAUUUGAAAAGACAAAGGGACACAAGCGUCUGGAAGUCAAGACCAACAUCACGUCAACAAACCAUAUCAGUGGAAACAGCAGAGCAGGAUGCUAGGAUGUCUUUUGUUUUGUUUUCUAUGUAUGUGUGCGUGCUUUCUUUUAUAUUUUGUCACGUCAAAGGGAAAAGACAAUAAUGUUCCAGUUAAUGUACAUUCCACGUAGGGAACGUGAACUCUCCUGCGUCUUUGACCACGUUCUCUCAGGAGGAAAGUAGGGAUAAACUCUGCGCAUUUAAUGGAACUAAUUUCUCUUGAAAGAAAGACAAAAUGGCCUGUUACUUUGAAGAUGUACAUCUUGAACUCUAGUAUUCUAAUUUUCUCAACUCUAUUAAAAGAACUAAACUCUGCAUUGAAAAGAAAAUGUUUAAAACGUUUGUGAAAUGUCUAAAUAUUUGAAUCUCACCCCAGUGCUAAAAGAGAUGUUUUUCCUAAUUAUCAUCCCUAAGAAAAAGAAAGCAAGUGCAAUGAAAUCCAAAGAUCAGUGAAUCGGAUUCCAGAAAGCAGAUGCUCUUUUGAAUAUUAAACAGCAAAAUGUGAUUUGGUUUACAAGAGAACAUUUCCUUUACCAGGUGUGAGUAUCUCCUUGUAUCCAGAAGACUUUGAUCAUCGACUCCAUCCUCCGUUUAAAUCAUGUUGCUCGCUUUACCCAGCGUGUGGAGGGCUGUUCAUUCUCCAUACUCGCUCAACGAGGAUCAGACUUCAUCAUCAUUUGAUUUCACUCUUCCAUCUCUGUGUGUUUGCGUGAGCGUUUGUGCACUUGUUUGUCUGUGUGAAUGUGUUUCCAUUCUUUCCGUUCCUGUUCAGGUUUGUCGGUUGCGUUUCUCCUCAGCUCCCUUGUUCUUUCUAAAUGUUAUUGUAGAGUGUUCCAGUGAGAUGAAUCUGCAUACGUGUAUAUUAACAGAAGGGAAUACAAUUGGUUAUAUACUUCUUACGCCCCGUGUCAUGUGCUUAUUUCAGAUUCACACUUUU